CAGGGCAUGCUACGGAAGACAGGCAACAAGCGAGAGAGCCUGAAGAGGGAUGAGGGCGGCAGCGGCGGCGCAUCCUACCAUCCUAACGGCGGAGGCACCAUGUCCCCGACCUUUGUUGAGGAGACGGAGGAAGCCAUGCUAUAAGGAGGGGUGGCACUGUCGAGGCUGAUGCGACGCGGAGUGGCACUGGAGGCGUGGGUUCCGUGAGGUGGCACUGUGGCAAGUGGCACUGUAGGUGGAGGCUUGAAGACGGAGGUUGAUUUUUGUUAUUAUUAUUAUUGUUAUUAUGAUUAUCAUCUUCAUUAUUAAUGAUGUAGUUUUCACUGUUUGUGUGUAUUUAGGUUUAUUACCAUUAGUUAUUAUUAUUGUUU